UAUCUUCUGUCUAGAUGUAGUAUAGUAACAUUCAAAUGAGAGAACCUCGAUUUUUAUCGUCCUAGCCCAUUCCAAAACCAUGCCCUUCCGCAUCCCAGCAAGAACAUUAUGGCAAGCCUCCAAAGGUUCUAUGAAACCGUAUUCCUUUGCCCCAAUCAACUCAAAAACUCCCCAAUGGACGAGAAGAUACGCGGCGUCUAGUACAGAGCCACCAACUCGAACAGCCAUUGUGACAGGAUCCGCUCGCGGCAUCGGAAAAGCUAUCGCUCUACGUCUUGCUCAAGAUGGCUACGACAUCUGCGUAAACGACAUCUCUGCCAACAAAACCCAAGCCGAGUCCGUAGUUCGCGAGAUACAACAACUAGGCCGCAAAGCAAUUCCCUAUACAGCAGAUGUCUCCCAACUUUCUGAAGUGCAAUCCAUGGUAUCUGUAAAAGCCCUAUUGGACCUCACCGAGCACGAUCUUAAACGCAUGUUCGAAGUCAAUGUCUACGGCGUCUACAAUUGCUACUCCACCGCCGCCAAACAGAUGAUCGCACAGGGAACCCCUGGGAAAAUCCUGGGUGCGGCGUCGAUUGUAGCAUUCAAGCCGUUCGCGCUGUUGUCGCACUACAGUGCGUCGAAGUGGGCGGUACGCGGUCUCACGCAGGCGUUUGCCAUGGAGGUUGCGGAGCAUAAAAUCACUGUCAAUGCUUAUGCGCCGGGAAUUGUGGGGACUGCUAUGUGGGAUCUGAUUGACGAGGAGUUGGGGAAGAAGCAGGGUGCGAAGAAGGGAGAUACGAUCAAGAAGUACAGCGAGGAGUUGAUCGCGCUGGGUAGAACUAGCGUCCCGGAGGACGUGAGUAACACAGUGAGUUUCUUGUGUAGCAAAGAUUCGGAUUACAUGACGGGUCAAACGAUUGUUAUUGACGGUGGCAUCAUAUUUACAUAG